UUGAUGUUUAAGAAGUCUGCUCCUUUUUUGAUAUCCUUGUCAAAUACACUUACCUCUUACUAUUAGAAGUAUAAGUGAUUCCAAAACUUUGCACAUAUCUGAAAAGUUAACCAUUAAGUCACUCAGUUAUGUAGUAUUUCAUGUAAAAACAGCAGUGCUUCAGUAUUGGAGAAGUAAGGUUGUCAUUUUGUUGGGGUUUGGAUGUUAAGUAUUUUAGGGUGAUCUGGUAGGCACAUUUGCAGUGUACUUGAAGAACCAUUUUUGCAAAGAAUAAAAAUUUUUUUUGAAACUCUUUUUCUGUAGGAGAGUACUGGAUAUGAAGGCACGUGAAAUAGAAACCUACGUUAAUAUGAGACUAAAGAAGAAAAAUAUAGUAAUGGAACUUGGUGUGUUUCUGAGCAGUCUGUCGCUGGGUUCCUAUGUCUGUAGGUUAAAAAAAUAAUUGCUCAUGUAGCCAACGAGGAAAUGUAAACACACUGUUUAUAUCUGUCUGUCUAUCUAAUGGGAAUUUCAUAGUUGCUGGGUGUUUUGAUAUUCUUUUCAAUUCAAAUAUAUUUUUUGAGUGGCCCUCAUGUGGUAGCCUCUGUCUUUAUAACACCCCUCUGAGACAGGCAGAAAUUGUUCUUGACAGAUGGAGAAACUGAACUUUGGAGAUUAGCUGAUCCUUAUUACCCGGUUCUACUAUGUUGAUUAAUUAUCCUUCUUAACAAAAACCCUAUGACCAUGACUUUUAUUUCAAUUUCCUGCUUUACGACAUCUGUCACAAAGCUUCUGCAGGAUUUCAUUUCCACUCGAAUGUCUGAUAGUUGUCUCAAACUUAACAUGACCCAAACUGAACUCCUGUUUUUUUCCUUUCCAGUCUUCCUGAUCUCAGUAAAUGGUGCCACCAUUCAACCAGUUGCUCAGGCCCCAAACUUCAGAGUCAUCCUUGACUGCUCUUCUCUCAUAUCCCGUGUCUAAUCCAUCAGCAGAUGAAUAAUACUGCAGCCAGCCCAAUGUCUACUACCACUUCAAGUAGUGGAAGAAGUACAGGGAAGUCUAUAAGCUUUGCAGCAGAUUUACAGAGUAUGAUGUUUUCUUUAGGGGAUGCUAGGAGGCCUCUUCACGAAACAGCAGUUUUGAUAGAAGAUGUGGUACACACUCAGUUAAUUAAUCUGUUACAGCAAGCUGCUGAAGUUGCUCGGCUUCGGGGAGCAAGGGUAAUCUCUGAUGAAGAUCUUCUGUUUUUGAUGCGCAAAGAUAAGAAAAAACUUAGAAGACUGCUAAAAUACAUGUUUUUCCGAGACUACAAAUCAAAGAUUAUCAAAGGCAUAGACGAGGAUGAUCUUCUGGAAGACAAAUUGAUUGGCAGCAAUAAUGCGAGCAAAAGACAAAAAACUACUCAAGACUUUCUCAACUCUAUUGACCAAACAGGAGAACUCUUGGCAAUGUUUGAAGAUGAUGAAAUUGAUGAAGUUAAACAAGAAAGAAUGGAGAGAGCAGAAAGACAAACUCGAAUUAUGGAUUCAGCUCAAUAUGCAGAAUUCUGUGAAAGUCGACAAUUAAGUUUCUCCAAAAAAGCCUCCAAAUUUCGAGACUGGUUGGACUGCAGUAGCAUGGAGAUAAAACCCGAUGCUGGCGCUAUGGAAAUUUUAGCAUAUUUAGCACAUGAAACUGUGGCACAGUUAGUGGAUCUGGCUCUUCUUGUGAGGCAGGACAUGGUAGCCAAGGCAGGAGACCCCUUCAGCCACGCCAUUUCUGCAACCUUCAUUCAGUAUCACAACUCUGCUGAGGGGUCUUGCCUGAAGUCCUACCCAGACUCCCCUGAGAACACACCUCCUCCUACACCAACAGCUCCAUCAUCUGGAUCACAGCACUCAGGGAAAACCACAUCAGGAUCCCUAGGGAAUGGGAGCGCUGGACAAGAGUCAGCUAAAACCAAGCAAAAGAAAAGAAAAAAGAACACUGCGGCCUGUGGUGUUGAGGCCCACAGCGAUGCCAUCCAGCCCUGCCACAUCAGAGAGGCCGUUCGACGCUACGGCCACAAGAUUGGCCCCCUUUCCCCGUUCACAAGUGCCUACCGCAGGAAUGGGAUGGCUUUUCUGGCCUGCUGAUGUGACUGUGACUGCAACAACAGGAAAGGCAAUGUUAUAUUAAGGUGAUUUCUUUUCCCUCCUUGGACAAAAUAAAAUACAAGUUUACCUUCUCCGUAUCCUUGGGAGUGGGUUGGUUUGUUGUGACUAUCAACUGGCUGACUCCAGCUCUUUUCCAGCCCCCUCAACGCUUAGUCUUGUUUACUAGAAGGGCCCUUUAGCUAAUUAAUGGCAGGAUGUUUGGGAUAGUGUGUAGGUGGACAAGAAUGCAGAUCACACAAUUUUGAAAUUUUAAUUUGGAGUGGAUUCACUGCCCUCAGCUCACAUGUCUUAAAAGCAGUGUCUUUUUUUUUUUUUUCACUGUUUAGUCUAUGUUUUAUUUGAUGUAUUUUGUAAUCUAGGUUUGAGACAAAGGAAACAAAAUUAAAAGGACAGUCAGUUUCCCCCUUGCUCUAUCCCACCAACUUUACUUUCCAACAUCUGCUGACUGUAUCUACAUGCAUUUUAGAGACAAAUAUCCAUUUUAUAAACUCACGCUAAUCAAAGACCUAAUUGACCUGGUGAGCUGUCUGUUCCCAUCUUCUCUUCUUUUCACCCUGCUUAGAGGAUAUGUGUCAUUUUCAUGCCCUUUUCCCAACUUCCUGCGUGUCUGCCUAUCAUGUGUGCUCUCCUCACAUAGACCCUCUUCCCCCGUCUUCAUUUCUCUCCUUUCCCUAUCCCUCCAGUCCCCGGGCCCACCCUCACACACAGGCUGUGCCCAUUUAGAAGCAAAGUAAUCAGAAUCAAUAGGAGGGGAGCCGGUGGCUUGCUUCCUCCCGGCCAAGCACCAGCACGCCUCAACUGGAUGUGCGGACUGGGAUUUCCUGCUGGUAGCAGCUGAGCUACCCUUCUGGCAUCUAUACUUUCUCAGUGAAUGAGGAACUGUAACUCUUGGAAACAAACCAAAAUAUAGCAGAUGUAAUUAUGCAGUUCCUGAUUAAACUUGAAUUGCAAAAAAGGAAGUUAUUUCUUUAAUUCUGUAGGAGUUUUAUGUAAUUUUACUUUUAUCGUGGUUUUUAUACACACUGAAUCAGCCUUUGUAAAGAAUUAAUAAAAACAGAAAUGAGAAGCAUGAAAGAUUUUCCUCUUGUGACCAAAUCAUUGUGAGGCUCAGUUAAUAUGAUUGUGCCAUAUUAUUCACAUUUGUUAACUAUCAUUUACCUGUUCUAUGUUAGUUCUUCUGGAAAAAAUCUUCAUGUCAAGAACAAAAAAACGCAGAUAUAUAAUAUCAAAAAAUUGCCAAAGGGUUUUGAUGUUCCAUCUGUGCUUGUUGAAAUGUAUGAUUAAACUUUUCUUUUUAUCAUCA